AUGAAAGCAAUGCCUCCCCCACUUGCGUAUGACCCUCAAAUGCACCAUGAGGACCAAAUUACUCUGUCGCGGACUCUCUCAUCACAGAAAGCUAUAAUAAAAGGCAACAGCAAUGGCAAAUCAGUUACUCCAGCCAUGGCGACAGAACCCUCCCCCUCACAUGAGACACCACAUACCUCCAAACGCCGCCAUUGUGUCUUUGCAGACCCAGUAGCAUUCAGAUACCUCGAGGAAGAUUCUUCCACGGUUGUGAUUGAGCGGAGGGGUAAAUUACAAGGCUAUGAACUGUACAUAGUAGAACAAUGGUCGUGUUCGAGGGUCCAUCCCACGUUCGUCAUCACAACUUACACAGGAGACCCAAACCAUUCUGUUCUAGUAGCGGUACUAGGAGUUCCGGCAGAUGAGGAAUCAUGGUCCCCUCGAUUACGUGUAUACUUCAAGGCCGUUUCUCAAUUCCAUGCUAGACCAAAGGAGACGCCCUUGGGAUUGUUGAUGGUUACAAACCUCAGCAGCUUUCCCUCUUCCCUGACAGUUAUACCAGUACCAGACGGGGAUGUGAGGAAGCAUAGAGAAGACUUUAUUGUCAAUGAGAACCUCAAAAGACUUGGAUGUUCUGGGAGAUCUGGAAUGAGCUUGUCAACCCCAGCAGGAGCUACACAAGCCAAAUUCUUCCAGCUAUAUAAAACAAGCGAUCGAAUACCACUCUACGGAGCCGUAAUCGAGUUGGUCAAGCUUUGUCAAGUCGCCUUGAUGAUUUUUGGGAAGUUGUCACAAGAGUACGCAGAUGGUUGUCUUUGUGACGUUACAGAAAGAGCUGUGAAUGACUGGUGGACGGAAAUCGGCUCUGAAUAUUACAAUGUCGAGCCGACAGAUGGCAUCCUUGGUCCAACAACAGUUUCUGCCCUUCUGGGUAUGCUAAUUGGAGCCCGAAAUCGACUCAACUAUUAUGGAGCACCGGUAGCGAAAGAUGCUUUUGACGUGGUGAGUCUCAAGCGUGGUAUCGCGUACUUUCAAAAAUCUCAGAAAAUGGAACGAACCAGAAGGCUGGACAGGUAUACACUUGAUCGCUUACAUCGAGUUACUGCCAAAGCUGCUGCUGGUGAAGGCUGGGCUGUACCGAAAGCUGUCAAGUCCACAGUAGCUGAACUCAGUGGAAAGGGAGGAGAAAUGGUAAUGGGCAUGGUUGGUCGGGAUAAAGCUGGUAUCGGCGACAUCGAAACUCUAGAUCUCGAUCGAUUUGUGACUUUGAUUCACGGCGAAAGAGCCAAGUGGCUGUGGUACGGUAAACCUAGGAGAAUGGGCACUUCCGAGAAGUUUGGAAAGUCUGAUACGGAGGGACCUACGAGUUUUACAAAAGACGACCAAGGAGGUUACAAAUGGUCUCACAGCAGAUCUGAGUCAGUACCACCAGAGGAUGAGUCAGAGGUACGCAAAAAGGAGAUUGAUAGCCCCAACGCAGUCUAUUCAAGCCGACCUCCAGGUUCAGCAACAAGCAUGCUGGAAAGCCCAGGUGAACGAGACCCUCAACUGAGGAGGGCAAUCUUCAAAGGUGUUACGGAAAAGAUGAGUGAUGCAAGGUCUGGUUUUGGUCGGAUCAAAGAUGCAGUUGGGCUCCGAGGCCAUGUGAGUAAGCAUUCGAAAGAUGAGAGUGGUUACUUCGGUCCUACAAGCUCUACCAUACUUGCACAAUCGUCUGGUCCUCCAACCAGCCCACAGAUGAUGGGCAAAGCAUUCACGUGGAAGAAUACCCCAACGGACUAUGAAAAUGGCGCCCCCAAGCAAACAGAUCCUACUACUGGUGCCGCAAUAUCAGCUGGCUCUCAAGAGCCGGCAUCUCCGUCAAGCGACUCAAAGUCAACCCUUCCUACCGAUGGACCUGUUUCAGAAGAAGUUUUGAAAGCAGCUCAGAUAAAUGCCAAAUGGGCCGAACAAGCGAAAGAGAUUCGCAAAGAGUAUGUCGCCAAUGAGCCUUCGGUUGCGGGAUCAACAUGUGGAGAUGGCGAUCUUGAAGGUCAUUUGCUGGAGCUUGAACGGGAUCCUCAUAGCUCUGAGAUACUUCUUCAUCGGCGGCAUAGCAUAUCUGGUUCAACUUCUGCAACGCGCAAUGAAGAAUGGUGGCCUCGUCAAAUGUCCUUCAGCGAAGCUGAAGAUGCUGUAUUGACUUGGGAACCGGUUGGUACUGUCGACGAUGAUGUCGAUGAGUCUGACAAUUGGGUUGCGUUGCAAAAAUACAAGUAUAUCGCUGAGGACUUCAAGCGCCUAUUUGAACAGAUCACACAUUUACAGAAUGCAAUAGCUCCUUGGGUGGAGACAAAGGUUGAAGCUGUCGAGGCGCUUGAUACACAAGCUGCCCAGGAUGGAGAAGACUUUCAAACGUUGUACUACAAACUGAGCAUGUCGUACAAAACCGUGAAGCAGAAUUGUCAGGACAUUCUUGGUGAUGAACGAUCUCACGUCACGGAAGCCGUAAAGGAUAUUGAAGUUCUAGGGGCCAAGCUUGAAUACGAAAUUAAUGCACUUGUAUCGAAAGUACAAGAUGUGGAGGAUGGAGUUGCCCAAUUUGAGCGGCAAGUGGAUAAUUUGGAGUACCGCGCUGGAGAAUUGGAAUCAACUCUUGCGAGUGAAAGCUGGCCUCAUUAUAUCGUCAGAACAAUUACUGGAAUUGGAACGGGGCCGAACAUUAUAGCACCUCGUCGGCAAUAA